GGCAUCCAGCGGCCCUGCGUCGGCUACGGCCGCUUCUUGAGGCCAGCGGGGCAGAGCCGCCGAUGGGUCGACGCUGCGUUGGGGCCACCCCGCGACGCGCUUCGCAUGGAAUUGGCAUUGGCGGCCGACGCCACGCCGCGGGAAUUGCCGAACGAGGCGGCCAGCGACCGCGCGGCGCCCUGCCUUCGGACGCGCCCCCGCAAGCAGCGGCCCGCGGAGAAGUUCGGCAUCCCAGCCUUCUUCGAUUCGGCGCACUUUCAGCACGCCUCUCAGCGGGUGCUCGAUGCCGCGGACGCGUCGCAAAUCGACGCCGAUGCAAUUUCCGGGGGGAUCGGCGCGGAAUUGCCUGGAAGCAACGCCAGGGCGGCGCGGCGCCGGGACUUCAAGCUGUCAGUCUCCGCCGCAGCGCGCUGGGUCAACGGCGCCCAUCUCUGGCGGGCCACAGUCGACGCGGCGUCAGCCUUCGACGCGAUGGGCGCCCAUGCAGUGGCCGAUGUAGUCCGCGCCCUUGUCGGCGACGAGCGCCGCGCGAUGGCGGCCGCGAGGAUCACUGACCGCAUGAAGUGGAUCUACCCGCGACGCUACUCGCGAGAGCCGCCGACGCCCGCGGCCGAUGGACUUCCGGCGGCUUGCGACGCAGGCGCGCGCGACCUCGGCCGUCAUCCGCCGGCCGCGACGCGCCCCACGGCGCACUCAUUGGGGGGCUUCAUCGGGCCUACCGACAAGCUGAGAGGCCCCUCGGUCAAGCGGCGGGACCGAGCCGGGCGGCUCGCCGAGUCGCGCGCCCCGCUGCAGCCCAGCUCCAACCAGUGCAACGCGGCGGCGGCCGCCUGCUCGGCGCGCUCCUGUUGGUUCGCGUUCAUGAAAUUUCGCCGCUGGGCGAGAAUGCCCGCGCGGCGCGCGAGCACAGUGAACUUCUUCCGUUCGCAGCUCAAGUGGCGCCGCGAGCGACCGCCCGUCAAUCGCGCGAGCAGCGGCGGGAAAAUUGCGCGCUGGCUGCUGGAAGGUAAAGUGGCGAUGCCGCUCGCUGGAGACACCGGCAAGAACCGCCGCGCGGCGCAGCGGGCCCCAUGGAAAGCCCGCCCUCGCGCCCUGCAGGGGCGCCUCUACGAGGACACCGUGGCGAGCACCAUCCGCGGGCGGCUGGCGGCGCGGCGCCUGGCUGCGCAGGGCGCAAAUGCGCUGGAUUUGCAGCUGCUCGUCGCGAUCGGCGCCGUUGGGCCGCGGCCGGCAAAUCUGCCGCGCAUACUGGGGGGCCCGCGCGUGGGGCCGCCGCGCAUGAUGGUUGCGAGCAGCGACGCGGCAUGCUCGGACUCGAACGCGCACCCGCAGAUCUGGAGAGCCGCUGAUUUCGGACGCGUCCCGCGUUGGAUUCCCAUUCCUAGAUCGCGCGCCUGGCCCAUCACGCAGGCGCCGGCGCAGGGCUGGGCGACGUCGCAGGGGGUCCAGCGGUCCAGCGUGACCCAACGCGCCCAAGGCGCCGGCGUCAUUCCACAUUGCUCCGUGGACUCCCGGAGCAGCGCGCUGGACUCGAUCGCGAGGAUGGCGGUCGCGCGUGCAUUCUGUCAUUCCACGAAGGACAUGCCGACUGGCACUAGGUGGCUUGCGCUUCGGCGGGGGUAG